AUUCAAUAACAUGUUAAAGACAAUAUCAAACCAAAGUCUUACCUCUCAUCAAAAUCCUCUAAAAUAUAUCUUCACACUUCAUCUGUGUUUUCCAUCUUCAUUACCAGAACUUGUUCUUGCUCCCUUCACUUGACAGAGAUGGCUGUUGCUGCUUAUGCUUCCAUGGUUUCUCUUACUCAUGUUCUCGACAAUGUUCAUUACCGUGCUCAGCUUCGUCUCCUUCAUGUCAACAUAAAACUAAUUGAAUCUUUCCAGGAAACUGUGAAUUUCUUGCUGGAUUUUGUUGAAAUUCAUUCGAGAAGAGAAGGCCAAAAGAUCAACAGUCUGUGGAGGCAAAUAUCUGAAGUUUCGUUCGAAGCUGAAGAAAUAUUUGAUUUACAUGUUGUGAAUCAACUUCAGCUUCGAUCUGAGGGAGUAAAAGCCUGUUUGGGAUUCUCAGCUUUCGACGAAGAUAUUGGAGGAGUUAUCCGAAAACUUGAUACCAUCAAGAAAGAGCUGUUGGUGGAGGAAGCCUUAUUGCAGGAUGUUCGAUCUGGAAAACAACCAGAAGUUUCUGAGCAUGGAACAAUUUCGUCCCUUGGCCAGAAUACGAUUGUGGGAUUCGAUGAUCAUGUCAAUGCAGUUAUGGAUUUGCUGAUUAGAGACGAACCGGCACUCCAAAUCAUCCCAAUCGUAGGCAUGGGCGGUAUUGGUAAGACUACUCUAGCUAGAGCUGUUUUUGAUAACCAAUGUAUUGUCGACCGGUUUGAUAGACUUGUUUGGCUUACAAUAUCACAAGAAUAUACUGUUCAGGACAUCCUAUCAGCUCUUUUAAAUGAUGGGAAAGUUACUACUCAUGAUGGAAGUUUUGAUCGUUUGGGGGAAGCUUUGUACAAGCAAUUAUUUGGUAGACGGUAUUUGAUUGUUAUGGAUGACGUGUGGAGCGAGCAGGCUUGGUGUGAUUUAAGAAUGUGUUUUCCAAAUAACAACAAUGGAAGCCGCGUUAUCAUGACUACUCGGCUUGCAAAUGUGGCUGGAAGUUUAAGCCCUCAAAGAUCAUUUUCGAUGACUUUCUUGGACAAGAAUAAAAGUUGGAGUUUAUUUUGUCGAACAGUGUUUAAAAAAGAACACUGUCCUUAUCCAGAACUAGAGGAAAUUGCACAAGAGAUUGUCAGAAGUUGUCAAGGACUUCCUCUAGAGAUCAUUGUAAUUGGCGGGCUACUUGCAAAGUCUAACAUGUCUAAAAGAUAUUGGAAGUCUGUCGCGGACAACAUCAGCUCGUUCGCGAAUCUUGAACACGACGAGCAUUGCUUAAAGAUUUUGUCUUUGAGUUAUAACGACUUGCCGAUCCACCUCAAGGCAUGUUUCCUCUUUAUGAGCGCUUAUCGUGAAGAUCAUAAGAUCGAUAUCAAUGAACUAAUUCGGGAGUGGAUUGCUAGAGGAUUGAUUAGAGCUGUUGGUGAGAAAAGUUUAGAGGAGAUUGGUAUGGAAUACACUAAAGAUCUCAUUUCGAGGAAUCUAAUUUUUCAUUACCGAAAUCACAGAAGAAAUGGCAAACUAGAGUGGUGCAAUAUUCAUGACCUGUUGCGAGAGUUGUCCGUGAAAGAAUUUAACAAGGCGGAGUUUAUUCAAUCGCCAAAAGUGCAAUAUACGAAUGGAAGUGGAUCACGAAGACAAUGCUUUCUUUGCGCCAAGUCGAUCCACCAUGAAGUUGCGACGGAUGUCUUGGAAUUUGUUCUUUUAUCCGAAUCACCAUCAUCGUCACGACUAAUUCAUCCACCUAUUUGUCGCGCUUGCCGAGUUAUGUAUUCACAUUUUAAAGAGGCGAGGCUGGUGGAAACAAUGAUGUUUGAAAGAACAUCGAGAUUUUUGCAUCCUACUCAAGUGAGGUAUGUUUUUCGUUCCAUCAUUGGAAAGUCGAACCCUUUUUCAAAAAUGAACUUACUCUGGAAUCUUCAGACACUAAAGCUAUGCUCGGAAGGGCGAGUUAAUUUCCCGAAUGAAAUGUGGGAAAUGCCGCAGCUCAGGGAAGGCUUCAUUAUUCUAAAAAAUCUGCAGACACUUUCCGGAAUUUCGAAUUUCCAGUGCACAAACGAUGUCUUGGCAAGAAUUCCUCAAGUAAAGACACUGAAAAUCACAUAUGGUAAGAAUCUUCACAAUCUUAUCCGACUCCAGAAUCUUCAGUCGUUAAAAAUAAGAAAUGCUCAGGAGAACAUUGCUUUUCCAAGUUGUCUUAAAGAGUUGUGUUUGGAAUAUUCCAAAUGGAAAAUUCCUUGGAGUGGUAUGUCGAUCAUUGGCUCAUUACCCAAUCUCGAGAAACUUGAUUUGAUUUUAUCGACUAGAGAGUCUGAAUGGAAUCCGGCCGAGGGCGAAUUUCUUCGACUGAAAGAAUUGAAGAUUGCUUGUAUGGAUCUAGUGCAAUGGAGAGCUGAUAAGGAACACUUCCCGACUCUUGAGCUGCUUGUACUGUCUUUCAAAUUGUUGGAAGAAAUCCCUUUCGGCAUUGGAGAUAUUCCAACGUUACGUAGAAUUGAAUUGCGAGGAUGUAAUGGAUCUGCUAUCGAUUCGGCAUACGAAAUAUGGGAGGAACAGAAGAGCAUGGGAAAUGACAUCCUUAAGAUUCCUAUCAGAAAGGAUUACAAAUGGUAUUCAAUCAGUGAUUUCAUAUCACUGCAAAAGAAAGAUGAAGAUGACCGAUAGGUACUUCUGAGUAGAGUGGUUAAAAGAAUUGAGUAGCUCGUGAGCCAAGCUCGACUUAGUUCUUUUACAGAGAUAAACAAGCUGAUUUUGAGCUUGAAAAUUAUUUUUUAUAAACGAGCCGAGCUGGCCGCGAGUAGCUCAAUUGAGCUCAUUAGUGAUAAUAUAUUUAUAUAAUAUAUAUAAUUUUUUAUAUCAAAAUUUACAUUUAUUAUUAAAAUAAAAAUAUUUUAUUAUAAAAAAUUAUGAAUAAAAUUAAAUAUACUUAAUUUAUAUAUUAAAAAAUUAUAUAGAAUAUGUAUAAAAUUCAAAUCGAAUUCGAGCUUUACGAGCCGAGCUCGAGCUGAAAUUUGAGUCUAACGAGCUGAGCUCGAGCCACUAUUUUGAUUCGAAUUCUCAAUGAGCCGAGCCGAGUCUACACCGUUAACAAAUUCAAGUCGAGCUCGAACAACAGAUACUCGAGCUCGCUCGGCUCGUUUAACGGCUCUACUUCUGAGCAACCGUUCUCUAAUUUUUGUGAUGAUUUUCAAAUUGCAAAAAAUUCUCAUUUUUUUAUCCCUGAAAUUCAUGUCACAAGAAAUUAGUCACUUGCUGUUCAUAUUCCUGCUUUCUUAUGUGAUUAUCAACCAAUCCUGAUUUUUUUUUUUUUUUUCUUGAAUGGUUACAAGUGAAUAAAAAAUAUGAAGGAAAUUGAGGGUGAACUUUAAUUUCGAAUGUGUCUGAGUAUUUGAUUUUUUAUAGAACAGCUGUUAAAUGGGGAGCUAAGAUAUUGUAUUUUGUACCUCAUCACAUAUAGAUUCUGUUACUUAUGACAUAGAAUCUAAUUAAUGUCUGAAUCAACAGAGUUUGCUUUAUGGCAAGGAGGGGGCUUUUUAUUUACUAUUUCAUUGUUGCGAAGGCUGAGACAAUUAUUAUUUCAUUAUUUGCGACAAGUUGCGACAAUGAAUAUUUAUAUU